CCCCGCUUCUCUUCCACCUCCGCCUCCACUCCCUGCCGCCGCCGCCGCCGCCGCCCCGCUGCCGCCGCGCCGCGAGACGAUCCAAUGGCGCCGUCGUCUAAGCUGUCGAUGGGCAUCAAGAAGGCCUCGCGGUCGCACGCGUACCACCGCCGUGGGCUGUGGGCAAUCAAGGCCAAGCAUGGCGGCGCCUUCCCCAAGGCCGAGAAGCCCGCCGCGGUCGCCGAGCCCAAGUUCUACCCCGCCGACGACGUGAAACCGCGCAAGCCCAGCACCCGCAAGCCGAAGCCUACCAAGCUCAGGUCGUCCAUUACUCCGGGCACCGUGCUCAUCCUGCUCGCCGGGAGGUUCAUGGGGAAGAGAGUCGUGUUCCUCAAGCAGCUCAAAUCUGGCAUGCUCCUUGUUACUGGACCUUUCAAGAUCAACGGUGUCCCAAUCCGCCGUGUGAACCAGACCUACGUCAUUGCAACCUCCACAAAGGUUGAUAUCUCGGGUGUUAACGUGGAGAAGUUUGAUGACGCGUACUUUGCCAGGGACAAGAAGCAGAAGGCAAAGAAGACCGAGGGUGAACUUUUCGAGACAGAGAAGGAGGCGACCAAGGACCUGCCGCAGUUCAAGAAGGACGACCAGAAGACCGUGGAUGCUGAGCUGAUCAAAGCUAUUGAGGCUGUUCCGGAUCUGAAAACCUACCUUGGUGCACGGUUCUCUCUCAGGGAUGGCGACAAGCCCCAUGAGAUGGUUUUCUAGAUUAGUUGGUGCUAGGUGCGAAGCUCAAUAGUCACUUUGCCUGGUCUACCUGAGUGUGCUCCUGAAUUUUGUAUCUGACUGGUGAACCUUUGGUUUCCAUUUGAAUCACUGUCAAAUCUUUAAUGAAGUCAUAUAUUUUGCUGGUUAAUUUAGCGAUCUUUUGCACGACACUACUAUACAUGUAAGCUAUUUGCAAAGUCC